AUGUGGUUGCUUACGACAGUCGACGUUUGGCUUGGUUGGAACAAACCUCGAGGAGUGGGCGGUAAGCGGAGUCACAGUGCCGGUACCCGCCCGGUUGCGGUGGACACUCGGGACAGCGGCGACAUUACGGGCGGGGUCCGCCGGGCAUGCCGAUGCCGUCAACUUGCCUCUUAUCGUCUCACCCAGUCCGAUAUUCCACUAAUUAACGGGUGGUCGGACUGGAAAAAGCCCAGAGAUUACAUUGAGAGGGAGUUGAAGAAGGUUGGUAGAAUUUGCUUGGCGUUUGUCAAUCGCGACGGGGGUUAA